AUGCGAGCCGUUGGUUGUACACAUCCGACCACACCCUAUGUGACGCACCAGGUUUACGAACUUCACCCACAUCAUAUGAAGUUAUACUCAUGCUCGCGUAAUUAUCAAGCACCAAUGGACACCCCUCUUCACAGUUCACACAAUCAAUCGGCACGAAACUCGGCCCAAACACACACUCGUGUGCGCAGGACGGGAAGUCAACCGAGCUUCAAAAGUCACCACGGACAACUACGAAACACAUGUAACAGCCGUACUGCAGAGAAGACACGUUCCAUCGUCCGGAGACCAAAGAACUCUCACGGCAUCACAAAUCCAGAAACAGUGAUGUCAGAAAAUACACUAUUUCAGUCUCCGUGUCCAUUUAAUAGGUCCCGGGGCUGGACCGCUGCCCAAAUAUUUUAUAAAAGACGGGAAUCUAGACAGGUUCCCUAUGAAGCACCUAAAUUGCGAGUCUCCAACGCAAAUGGCAAUGUGUUUUGGAAGGAUCAGAAUCGUCAUCCUUUCACUGGGCCAGAGAUGCACACGGCCAAUCAGCCCAUAGUUGACGAACGGUAUGGUGGUCUACCGCCUCUAACCAGGAAAUCACAUCUUCCCCGUGUUAAUGAUGUGGCAAGACCAUUUGAUUUAAAUAUCACCAAACAACUUUACAGGUACUGCAAAGAAACACUAAACUACGGUGAAAUACACUAUGACACUAAAAUGCAGACCACCGUGAAGAAUGACAAUGAAUGUCCACCUGCAGAAACACCAACUCCGGUUGCAUUUUCACAAAUACUGGGUGCAGCAGAAAGGUACGCGCAUACCCCUGCGUUCUACUUGAGCCCAAAUUUCAGAAAAUUUUCAAAAUACACUCAAUUGAGAACAAGUUUGGCUUUGUGGGACACUCAACUGGAAAACAUUACAGACGAGAUAUCCAGUUGGGCUCCAAGUACCAUGGUCGAACCACCACGAGCCCCGGACGGGAAAGAAUAG